AUGAAAGUGCUCUUGGAAGUCGGCGAUUGGAAUGAAGGCGGACGUGGUACAGAAUCGAUACUGAAAAUAAAUCCCCUCGUACAAGUUAGUUAUAAUUUAAAUGUUCUCGUCAAUAAUACUCAAUAUUUAUUGACGAAAAUUCUAGAAAACGAAAACGAUACGUUCGAGUCCGAAACAUUAAAAGCUCUCGAACCGUUUCUAGCCAAUUUGAAAAUGGCCAUUACUCUAUCAUGUUCGUCAUCAUCAGAAAUCAUGUAUACAGAAUUCUUAGAAUAUAUUCUCAAAGAUCAAUUAGAUUUACUAUUCGAUCAAGGUCUUCAUUUUAUUAAAAAUUUACACAAUGAACGAAAGAAAUUGGUCGAUUCAGUGAGUCACAUACGAUCGGUAGUCGAAAAUUUUGUCGAUCAAUUUAUCGUUUUUUUCAUUCAACUACUUCAACAACAACAACAAAAACAAAUCGGCACCUUACAAGAUCAUUACAGUACAACAAUUAAAACGCGUUCACAACUCGAUCAUAUUCAUUUGCUUGAAACUUUAUCCAAAGAAAAUCUCAUUCGUCAUUUUCGUUACGAUAACAACAUCAAUGAAGAACUCGAUUGGUACAAUCAAUUGGCUCAAUUUCUCAUUCAAGGUUGGUCGCAAGCACCGCGUAUACUUCGUUCAUUUGCAUCACCAACAACGAGUCAUCUGAAUUCGACUACAAAACGAUUACGUUAUUCGUUUGCUUUCAAUCUAUUGAAUGAAGAAGGACAAAAGAUACUUCUCUUCCUCCAACAAACCAUUGGUCAACUCAAAGGGAAAUAUCAUCAAAGGGAAUUACUGAACGAUGAACCUGUUGUUGUCUAUCUAAUUCGUUUGACGAAAUUGCUUCGCUACGAAUUGAUGCGAAUGUCGACAAUGAAUUUGAAACAAUUGAAAUUAGAUUUGAACAGUGCAGAUCGACUUACUUUGCGGCCGAGUUUGACACAAGUGAAAUCGACCACUGACGAAUGGACUAAAGAAAUUGAUCUUCUCUUAGCCCACCGACAGAAAAUCAAAGAAUGGUGGGUACAACGAAUGGCCGACGAAUAUUUUGGUAGAGUUCGAACAAUCGAAGAACAAAAUCGUCGUCUAGAAAACGAGUAUAAAUUGAAAUGUCGUCAAGUAGAAGAACGAAUUCAAAAAACAAAAACACUUUCAAUCAACAUAUUGAACAAAAUCAAACUCAUUGGAAUGCUAUUACAUGAGGCAAAAUUCCAAACGAACGAAUUCGAUAUUGCCUAUGCAGAAACAUUGACCAAUGAUGCCGUACAAAUCGUACAACGAUUAGUUAAAAUUCAGCAAACUAUUCCACAAUCGUGCAAAUUCGAUAGUGACAAAGAAGGAAAAGAUUUGAGAAAUCUGAUUUGUCUUGAUUCUGUUCGAAUCGAGGUCAAAAAAGUCGAAUAUCGAGAUGACAAACCGAAAGAUAAACAGAGGCGCCGAAAUAUGUGGGAUAAUAAAAUCUAA